GUUAUUUACAAAAUAGAAGUGCAGCUUAAACAACGCGUUAUAAUUUACCAAACACACAAAAGGCUUCUGAUAUCGACGAGGCGCUGGCGCAUUCGUUCGCGCGACGUAAUAAGUGUAACACGCGCGUUCAUUUUAUGUAAUAAUGAUGCUAGCCGGUGUUCAAAUUGUGGAAAAUCAAAGUGUCUCGUACAAGUCUGAAGGGACAGAAAAUAUGGAGGGUGAUGGACGGUCUUCGUUAAGUACACCAUCAAUUCCGUCACAUUCCUCAAAGUGCCCGACACCUUCACAGGAGCCUAGGGGACUGUCCCGCGUUCCCAACCGGGAACCGGUGGAUAUACAGUUCAACAACAUAACUUGUACCGUCAGUCUCGGAAUUAAUAAGGGCACAAAAGAAAUUCUGCACAGCGUGAAUGGCAGACUUCGGCCUAAACAGUUAAUUGCUAUUAUGGGGCCAUCAGGCGCGGGAAAAUCCACAUUGUUAGAUGUCCUCUCUGGAUACAGAAUAUCUGGAGUUGGUGGUUCUAUAUUUAUUAAUGGAAGGGAUAGAAAUAUGAAGCGCUUCAAAAAAAUGUCAUGUUAUAUCCAACAAGACGACCGAUUGCAAGGAUUACUUACGGUCAGCGAAAAUAUGGCGUUAGCUGCUGAUCUGAAGCUUCCCACUAAACUAGACAAAUACGAAAAAGGAGAAGUGAUAGAAGACAUUCUUACAAAUCUCGGUCUGUAUGAACACAUGCAUACCAGAGGCGCCCAGCUUUCCGGUGGUCAAAGAAAACGACUUUCGAUUGCCCUAGAACUCAUAAACAACCCUCUAGUCAUGUUCCUGGAUGAGCCUACAACGGGUUUAGACAGUUCAUCCUGUACGCAAGUGGUGCAACUAUGCCAGAGCCUUGCACACCAAGGCAGGACAAUAGUUUGCACAGUCCAUCAACCUUCAGCUUCACUGUUCGCUGUUUUUGAUGCCGUGUAUGUAUUGGCAUCAGGGCAUUGUCUGUACCAGGGUACCACUAAGAAUCUUGUACCGUAUGUCGAAGAAGCCGGAAUACCUUGCCCAAUUUAUCACAAUCCAGCUGAUUAUGUUAUAGAAAUUGCAUCCGGAGAGUACGGCGAGGAUAAAUUAGAACUUCUCACAACAAAGAUAGAUAAUGGCAAAGCCCUUAACUGGUUUGAUGGUCAUGAGACUCUACCGACAAUGGAGUCUCUAAGAAAACUAUAUCCAUUAAGCGCUAUGAAGGAAUUAGAUGAAAGCUCAGGUUCAGAAGAAACGUCACAAGCGAAUCAAAGAUCUGUACUUAUUCGACGAGGGUUCUUGAAGGCGAAGCGAGAUGCCACUAUGACCCACUUACGAAUUAUGGUCAACGUAGUGGUGGGUAUCAUGUUGGGGACGCUCUUUAUCAACGCUGGCAAUGAGGGCUCUCGAGUUCUGGAUAACUACAAUCUGCUUUUCGCUAUUUUGAUGCAUCACAUGAUGUCACCAAUGAUGCUUACUAUACUCACGUUCCCAUCAGAGAUGUCUAUCUUACUUAAGGAACAUUUUAAUAGAUGGUAUUCUUUGGGGUCCUACUACGUAUCAGUAACCAUCGUGGACUUGCCAAUAUCGAUAUUUUCAUGCGCAAUAUUCAGCGUGAUCGUGUACAUUAUGUCGUCCCAGCCACUGGAAAUAACACGAUUCGCGAUGUUCUUCACAAUAUCGCUACUUACAGUUCUAGUAGCACAGAGUUUCGGCCUCAUGGUUGGCGCCGUCUUUAAUGUUGUUAACGGCACCUUCCUUGGCCCAACUCUCUCUGUACCAAUGAUGAUGUUCGCUGGCUUCGGAGUGACUUUACGUGACCUUCCACCAUACCUUUACUGGGGAUCCUACGUGUCCUACUUACGAUACGGCCUCGAGGGCUACAUCAGCGCCAUUUACGGCCUCAACAGACAGACUCUAGCCUGUGAUGAGGCUGAAUACUGUCAUUAUAAACACCCCAAGGUGUUCCUCAAGGAUGUAGCAAUGGACCCAAAUAUGUUUUGGUGGGACACCGCCGCUCUCACAACCAUACUUCUAGUACUGCGUACCGCAGCGUUCCUUCUCCUUAGGUGGAAACUUAGCGCCGUGCGAUAAGAAUACUUUUAAUUUAAGCCUUUGAAGACCUAGGUUCGAUUACCAGCAUAAUAAAUUGCAGAUUGCGCAUUUCGACCUAUAGACAAAAACAGGCCCCAGGGUGCUCAUUUAAGUUAUUUAAUUUUAAACAAGACUGUGAAAGCAACAUUGUUUCAACGUUACUUAAAUUAGUUAAACAUCUUAUAUUAAAUCCAUAUAUAUUCAACGUCAUAUUGAUGUAAUCUUGCUAACAGUUAGACGUGCCACUUGUAUUAGCUACGAGGCAGGUUUUUCUAUAUGAAAUGCGCUUUCCAUAAAAUUGACGGAUCGUAUAGAGUACGACUGAUAUUUCGUUAUAGAACCUCACAAAUUAGUUGUUAAUUGUUUCACAGAUGCCUGUGAUGCUUAUUAAGUAGUUUAAUUUAGAAUUGAGACUUGGCCGAACUAUGACUCUUAUGUCAAAAUAUUUAUAUUAUAUUUUUUUGACAUCAGGUACUCAGCUCUAAGUCUAGAUUCAAAAUCUUAAUCUUAAAGACACAAGCUCGAGUUAUACUCGCCCGUCUCACUAAAGAAUUUUAAUCGCUUUUUAACAAGUUGUUUAAAAAAAUCACAUUCACUCAAUAAUGAACGAAUUUCUAAUUUUAAUUUCGUAAUUCCAGAUUUCGCACAAACAAAUUUUUUUAGCUUAAAAUUAUAGUACCUUUGUUAAGCAAUUAAAUCAAACUUGUAUAACGGACAAUUUGAAAUUUGAGUGCAAAUAAUUUGUAUCUGUUAAAGGUGAAAACUAAGUACCUUUGUGUAUAAUGUUUUGUACCUGGCCUUAGGCCUUACGCACGUUUUAGCUAAAGAAUCAAAGGCAAAGCUCAAAGCUCCAAGUCAUUGUUCAGCAGCGCGGCAUACAAAACAAAAGUAGCCAUGAAGAUUCAUUGAUGAGCCAAUCUUCGGAAGGUAAUGACGCUAUAUAAUGUUUUUAUCUUCCUAGCCGUGUCUCUUUUUUGUUAUUACCUCUUUCGUGAGACGAAAGGUUUGGGGUCCAAAGUGCUACAAGAUUGCCAUUUAAUUUAAUCAUAAGUUUAACUUUAAAAUGUGGUAAUGCGACUGUGAUAAUGCGUUCGAGAGUUUUAAAAUCGAUUUUUUGAAGUGAAAUUCAUAAAAAAACAAAGAUGUUUUUAAUUUUAAUUGUAUUUGUCACUAAAUUAGAUUUUAAAUAGUUAUAUAACCAUAAACAUAUUUAAAAUAAUCAGAACAAUAAAUGGCUUAUAAUGUCGACAAAGAGAGCAGGACAAAAAUACGCCAUUUAAAGAAAAUCUAAACUGCAGCAAACAAAUGUGAUGUGUGUUUUAUAUGUAUAAUUCUGUAUUCAUUCAAGAGAAUAUAGUUGUUGAUGUCAAUUUAAUACAGUUACGAUGAUGUACCUACAAUAUAGUAGGAUUUUUGUACACAAACAUUUUGUUAUACUAUUUAGAUUAGUGACUUAGCUUUAAACUAUAAGUUAUGAUUUAGCAAUAAAGACCGAGGUUCUCUCGAAAAGUGUAUUUUUUAAUAAAAAUAUAUUUUUUACCUUUUAA